GCUCACUCUCUCAGGGUCACACAGGCAGCGGUGGAAGGGAUCGCCAGUGAAUGCCAGCUCUUCCAGGACGAUCGCAGCCAGCGGACGGACACACCGGUCAGCGGGAGGCGAAACGAGACCCAUUGGGGAAGAUUCACCCAUCUCAUCCACUCUGAGUCUGAACUUCACAGUCCAGCUGCCUCGCAGUCGUCGUCUUUUGUGUGUGCGUGUGUGUGUGUGUGUGUGCAUGCGUGCGUGGGUGUGUGUGAGUGUGUGUGCAUGUUUUCUGUUAGAUUGCCCAUCAGUUAGUGUAUUAGUAUGCAGGGUGUUUGUGUGUCAGUCUUGUGUGUGUGCAUAUGUGUGUCUGCACUCCUCCGCAGUGCGAUUUCACAGUCGCAUAUAAAAACUUACACCAACACGGAAUGCACAGAUGGGUAUAAGUGGGACCCCCUGACUGAGCAUUGCAAAGACAUAAACGAGUGCGAGACCAUUCCAGAUGCCUGCAAAGGAGAGAUGAAGUGCUUCAACCACUAUGGCGGCUACCUGUGCCUCCCCCGCUCUGCGUCGGUCAUCCCCGCUCCGGAGCCCUCCAUCACCCCCACCCCGGCCUUUAACCCUUGCCCUCCGGGCUACGAGCCGCAUGGAGACAGCUGCGUGGAUAUCGAUGAGUGUGAGCGAGACGAGCACGACUGCCAGCCCAGCCAGCAGUGCAUCAACACACUGGGCGCCUUCAACUGCCAGUGCCCCCGCGGCUACAGCAAGGUCAACACGGAGUGCAUUGACAUAGACGAGUGCAGGUUCAGGUACUGCCAGCAUCGCUGCGUCAACGUCCCCGGAUCCUUCUCCUGUCAGUGCGAGCCGGGCUUCCAGGUGGGAGGGAACAACCGAUCCUGCGUGGAUGUAAAUGAGUGCGAGAUGGGCGCCCCCUGCUCUCAGCGGUGUUUCAACACCUACGGAACCUUCAUGUGUCGCUGCGAUCAGGGAUACGAACUCGGGCCUGACGGGUUUACCUGUAACGACAUCGAUGAGUGCAGGUCCUCCAGCUACCACUGCCAGUUCCGCUGCGUCAACGAACCCGGGAAGUUCUCGUGUGUGUGCCCUGAGGGAUACCAGCUGGUGGGCACCAGGAUGUGCCAAGAUAUAAACGAAUGCGAAACAGGCGAGCAUCAGUGCAGCGACACGCAGACGUGCGUCAACAUCCACGGCCGCUACCAAUGUGUGGACGCCAACCGCUGCCAAGAGCCGUAUGUGCACAACUCGGACAACCUCUGCUUGUGCCCGAACAGCAAGCCUGCCUGCAAAGACUUGCCUUACAGCGUGGUCCACCGGUACAUGACCAUCACCUCGGAGCGCUCCGCCCCCUCAGACAUAUUCCUGAUCCAGACCACCAGCUUCCUGAGCGGCUCCUUCAACACCUUCCGCAUCCGGUCCGGAGACGACAACAGGGACUUUUACAUCAGGCAAACCAAUAACUACAGCGCCAUGCUGGUUCUGGCCCGGGCCGUGUCGGGCCCCAGAGAGUACACGUUGGACCUGGAGAUGCAGUCGAUUCACCCUGUGCUCAGCCAUCGCAGCAGCUCCGUCCUCAGACUUUCCAUCUUUGUUGGGCCGUACACCUUCUGAAGCCGGAGCCGGCCGGCCGGACGCAGACCCAAACGGAGCUGCAGAACAGAAGUGGUCGAUGCAGUUCAGCCAGUCACUGUGAUGUUCACCUUAUCUGCCUUCUUGUACUCAGUGGUCCACAGAAAAACGCCACUUUCCUGUCAUAAUGCAACAAAAACACCAUUUUACUGAUUUUAACUUCUGUUCUGUCCAGUAAAACAUCUGAUCGGGUCCAAAUGACUGGAUUUCUCAUCAGUUAUCAGUUUUAUCAACAUGUUAACGUUUUCAGUAACUGCCCUCACCAGACCUCCUCCUCCGCUGUUCAUUAUCUGUUUGUGCUACUUCUCUGUUGUUUCGGGGUUUGUCAUGUUGUACUUUAUAUUUUUAAAGAUUUGAACUCAAAUAAAACAAUACUCCUUAUA